GAGCCUCGCCCUGCCAUGUAAGGCAAGACAGUAGGUUCCCAUGCUACAGUAGGUUCCCAUACUGAGUUUCUCACACACCGACAGACACACAGUCGCAACAGUCAGAUCAUCGUCAGGAAGGCCCACGGACAACUGCUCUGAUACAGUCCUCCUGGUUUUGACCCUUGCCUGUUUCUGGACUCUGUACCUGCCUGUCUGACCAUUCUGCCUGCCUUGACCACGAGCCUGUCUGCCACUCUGUACCUGCGGGACUCUGAUCUGGUUUGGACCUUUUUCCUGUCCACGACCAUUCUCUUGCCUACCCCUUUGGAUUAAUAAACAUUUCACAGCCACAGUCAAACAGUGAAUACCAGUCAACCAGUGAAUACCAGACUAGCCAGAGGCUAAAUCUGAUCCGACCUUCGGGAAGAGAAAGUAGAGGUCCUUAAGCUCUAUUGUACAGGUGUACCUCGAGUCCCACAAACAGAGAAGGAAAGCACCAACAGAGUGUCAAGAUGCUGACAGACGAGGUGUCUCAGAUACAGGAGGUUCGGUACUGUCUGAAGACCUUGAGGGAACAGAUGGCCACCAGACAGAAUAACAAGGUACAAUGCCUUCAGGAGUUUCCAGCCAACGGUUACAAAGUCAGUGUCACCCUGCCUACCAACCCAGCAAUUGUCACCAAUUGUAAAAUGGUUGGGACUGAGUCAGAAACAAAUGUCAGGGAGAAUUCAGAGGACAGUGCAAAGAUAAGGGAGGUGAGCAAGCGCCUGUAUGCCCAGCUGAAGGAGUCAGAGAAGAGACACAAGGAGGAGAGAGACAGAAUGCAGGCUGAAAGCGAUGAGUUCAGCCGGCGCCUCGACGAGCAGUCGAAGCACCUGCAGUGGGUGGAGGGGGAGGCGGGGGAGCGAGGUCAGAAGGUGGAGGAGUUGCAGAGGCUGCUGGGGGGCAUGGAGCUGGAGGGUGCUGUCCUGAGGGGCAAAAUAGCCGCCAGUGAGGCUGAACUGCUGCAGCUGAGAGCAGCCAAGGAGGGUGUGCAGGAGAAAAAGCAGAGAACUGAGGAGCUGGAGAAGGAGCUGGCUGUCCUGAAGGAGAAAAUCCAUCAGCUGGACGACAUGCUGAAGAGCCAGCAGAGGAAGGUCCGCCACAUGAUCGAACAGCUGCAGAACUCACGGACAGUAAUACAGGAGAGAGAGAGAGUGAUCAAGGAUCUAGAGGAGAAGGUGGCUUUUCUGGAAGCUGAGAACACAGAGAUGCGUGACCAGAUAGAGUACUUCCUGGAGGGUCAGAAGCCUGCUUCUCCGCCCACCAAAGAAUGCAAACCCACUCCCCAGAUUAUCUACAGGUGACAACAACACCUUCCUGUCUCUUAUCUCUAUAGGGCUGGUUUCCCGGACACAGAUCAAACCUAUUCCAGGACUAAAAAGCUAUUGUAAUGGAGAUUUUUCAUUGAGUCAAAAUAUAUAUAUAUUUACACAAAAAUCAAUUCAAUUAAUGUGUGGUUAUCUUCAUGAACAACACAGCAGCAACACAGUAUAAUGUUCCAGGAUAGAAAUGAGGGCCAAGGAAGUUGGUAUAUUUCUGUUCUUUUGCCCACCUUUAUCAAUGCACGGAAAUAAGUCACUUCCUUCAAUCUGAGUCAUCGAGAUCAAGUCCUGAGCAGAGGGAGAUAAAGAUCAAGAGAGAUGGAUAGAGGAAGUGAUAAAAUGAGCGAGACAGCUGGUUGGUGUGUGUGUGUAUAUACAGUUGAAUUCGGAAGUUUACAUAUACAUAGGUUGGAGUCAUUAAAAGUCAUUUUUAAACCACUCCACAAAUUUCUUGUUAACAAAUUAUAGUUUUGGCAAGUCGGUUAGGACAUCUACUUUGUGCAUGACACAAAUAAUUUUUCCAACAUUUGUUUACAGACAGAUUAUUUCACUUAUAAUUCACUCUAUCACAAUUCCAGUGCGUCAGAAGAUUACAUACACAGUUGACUGUGCCUUUAAAAAGCUUGGAAAAUUCUAGGAAAGGAUGUCAUGGCUUUAGAAGCUUCUGAUAGGCUAAUUAACAUAAUUUGAGUCAAUUGGAGGUGUACCUGUGGAUGGAUUUCAAGGCCUACCUUCAAACUCAGUGCCUCUUUUCUUGACAUUAUGGGAAAAUCAAAAGAAAUCAGCAAAGACAUCAGAAAAAAAAUUGUAGACCUCCACAAGUCUGGUUCGUCCUUGGGCAGAACUGAACAAGUGUGCAUCAGCAAGGAGGCCUACAAACCUAAUUCAGUUACACCAGCUCUGUCAGGAGGAAUGGGCCAAAAUUCACCCAACUUAUUGUGGGAAGCUUGUGGAAGGCUGCCCGAAACGUUUGACCCAAGUUAAACAAUUUAUAGGCAAUGCUACCAAAUACUAAUUGAGUGUAUGUAAACUUCUGACCCACUGGGAAUGGGAUGAAAGAGAUAAAAGCUGAAAUAAAUAAUUCUCUCUCCUAUUAUUCUGACAUUUCACAUUCUUAAAAUAAAGUGGCGAUCCUAACAGGGAAUUUUUACUAGGAUUAAAUGUCAGUACUUGUGAGAAACUGAGUUUAAAUGUAUUUGGCUAAGGUGUAUGUAAACUUCCGACAUCAACUGUAUACACUACCGUUCAAAAGUUUGUGGUCACUUAGAAAUGUCCUUGUUUUUGAAAGAAGCACAUUUUUUUGUCCAUUUAAAAUAGAUUAGAAAGAGGAGUGGGAGGUCCCCGGUGCACAACUGAGCAAGAGGACAAGUACAAUACUGGCCUUCUAGGCAGAGUUACAAAGAAAGAGCCAUAUCUCAGACUGGCCAAUAAAAAUAAAAGAUUAAGAUGGGCAAAAUAACACACACUGGACAGAGGAACUCUGCCUAGAAGGCCAGCAUCCCGGAGUAACCUCUUCACUGUUGACGUUGAGACUUGUGUUUUGCAGGUACUAUUUAAUGAAGCUGCCAGUUGAGGACUUGUGAGGUGUCUGUUUCUCAAACUAGACACUCUAAUGUACUUGUCCUCUUGCUCAGUUGUGCACCGGGGCCUCCCACUCCUCUUUCUAUAGAGGCCAGUUUGCACUGUUCUGUGAAGGGAAUUAGUACACAGCGUUGUACAAGAUCUUCAGUUUCUUGGCAAUUUCUAGCACUGAAUAGACUUAAUUUCUCAGAACAAGAAAAGACUGACGACUUUCAGAAAAAAAAUAUUAUUUUCUGGCCAUUUUGAGCCUGUAUUCGAACACGUAAAUGCUGAUGCUCCAGAUACUCAACUAGUCUAAAGAAGGACUGUUUUAUUGCUUCUUUAAUCAGAACAACAGUUUUCAGCUGUGCUAACAUAAUUGCAAAAAGGUUUUCUAAUGAUCAAUUAGCCUUUUAAAAUGAUAAACCUGGAUUAGCUAACACAACGUGCCAAUGGAACACAGGAGUGAUGGUUGCUGAUAAUGGGCCUCUGUACGCCUAUGUAGACAUUCCAUGAAAAAUCAUCAGUUUCUCGCUACAAUAGUCAUUUACAACAUUAACAAUGUCUACACUGUAUUUCUGACCAAUUUGAUGUUAUUUUAAUGGGCAAAAAAAUGUGCUUUUCUUUCAAUAACAAGGACGUUUCGAAGUGACCCCAAACUUUUGAAUGGUAGUGUGUGUGUAUAUACAGUGCCUUGCGAAAGUAUUCGGCCCCCUUGAACUUUGCGACCUUUUUCCACAUUUCAGGCUUCAAACAUAAAGAAAUAAAACUGUAUAUUUUUGUGAAGAAUCAACAACAAGUGGGACACAAUCAUGAAGUGGAACGACUUUUAUUGGAUAUUUCAAACUUUUUUAACAAAUCAAAAACUGAAAAAUUGGGCGUGCAAAAUUAUUCAGCCCCUUUACUUUCAGUGCAGCAAACUCUCUCCAGAAGUUCAGUGAGGAUCUCUGAAUGAUCCAAUGUUGACCUAAAUGACUAAUGAUGAUAAAUACAAUCCACCUGUGUGUAAUCAAGUCUCCGUAUGAAUGCACCUGCACUGUGAUAGUCUCAGAGGUCCGUUAAAAGCGCAGAGAGCAUCAUGAAGAACAAGGAACACACCAGGCAGGUCCGAGAUACUGUUGUGAAGAAGUUUAAAGCCGGAUUUGGAUACAAAAAUAUUUCCCAAGCUUUAAACAUCCCAAGGAGCACUGUGCAAGCGAUAAUAUUGAAAUGGAAGGAGUAUCAGACCCUGAAGGAGUAUCAACACCCUGAACCCACUGUCAAACAUGGUGGUGGCAGCAUCAUGGUUUGGGCCUGCUUUUCUUCAGCAGGGACAGGGAAGAUGGUUAAAAUUGAUGGGAAGAUGGAUGGAGCCAAAUACAGGACCAUUCUGGAAGAGAACCUGAUGGAGUCUGCAAAAGACCUGAGACUGGGACGGAGAUUUGUCUUCCAACAAGACAAUGAUCCAAAACAUAAAGCAAAGUCUACAAUGGAAUGGUUCAAAAAUAAACAUAUCCAGGUGUUAGAAUGGCCAAGUCAAAGUCCAGACCUGAAUCCAAUCGAGAAUCUGUGGAAAGAACUGAAAACUGCUGUUCACAAAUGCUCUCCAUCCAACCUUACUGAGCUCGAGCUGUUUUGCAAGGAGGAAUGGGAAACAAUUUCAGUCUCUCGAUGUGCAAAACUGAUAGACAUACCCCAAGCGACUUACAGCUGUAAUCGCAGCAAAAGGUGGUGCUACAAAGUAUUAACUUAAGGGGGCUGAAUAAUUUUGAACGCCCAAUUUUUCAGUUUUAGAUUUGUUAAAAAAGUUUGAAAUAUCCAAUAAAUGUCGUUCCACUUCAUGAUUGUGUCCCACUUGUUGUUGAUUCUUCACAAAAAAAUACAGUUUUAUAUCUUUGUUUGAAGCCUGAAAUGUGGCAAAAGGUCGCAAAGUUCAAGGGGGCCGAAUACUUUCUCAAGGCACUGUAUAUAUAUUUAUAUAGCCAGCUCCUAGCAUUGAUACUGAUAUCUGUUGGUUCGUUGUGAUUUGAUGCCUGACAUACUCUAUCUAGAGUCUAGAUAAACCCGAUGGUAACAAAGCACUCUGGUUACAGUGACAGGCCCAGUUCCAUCAUUACUUUAUUGCUUGAGGCAUAACCGCAUUUGAGUUUUAUGCAUUUGAGUUUUAUGUGUGCGUUAUUGUCUCUCUCAACUUUUCCCAAAAUGUAUAUCUAGAAUUGGUAUCUUGAAUUGCGAAUUUGGCCUAUAUAUGGUAUGACUUGAUAUAAGAAAGAGUGAGCUCAUUUUCAAGUCGGUGCUCAAUUGACACCUUCUAAAAUAGUUGAUGGCUGUGUUUUCUAGUUAACCCCUGGGAGAGACAAUCAAGACAAAGCAGUUACUCACACACACUGGGGGAGUUUUCAGCACCCAGUUCCGUUACCUAUUUCACCAGGAUACCUCUGCUUCAGGGUCCAUAGGUCACAUUCCUGUGUUUGCAGUGCACCUUACACACACAGUUGCUUGCAGUUGCAUGUUAACAAUAAGAUGUCUCUGAUUUCAUCUACCUGGUUUUGUCUGAAAUUAGAUGACCUUGACGGUAUAGUUUUUUUCUCCCGAAUUUCGUGAUAUCCAAUUGGUAGUUACAAUCUUGUCCCAUCGCUUCAACUCCCGCACGGACUCGGGAGAGGCAAAGGUCGGGAGACAUGCGUCCUCCAAAACACGGCCCUGCCAAGCCGCUCUGCUUCUUGACCCACUGCUCGCUUAACCCGCGACCCAGCCGCACCAAUGUGUCGGAGAAAACACUGUACAACUGUCGACCGAAGUCAGCUUGCAUGCGCCCGGUAGCUAGAGCACAAUGGGACAAGGCCAUCCCGGCCGGCCAAACCCUCCCCUAACCCGGACGACGCUGGGCCAAUUGUGCGCCGCCUCAUGGGUCUCCCGGUCGUGGCUGGCUGCGACACAGCCUGGGAUGGAACCCGGGUUUGUAGUGAUGCCUCUAGCACUGAAAGCAGUGCCUUAGACCGCUGCGUCACUCGGGAGGCCCCCAUUGAUGGUAUAAUUUCAAAGGAGGUAGUUUAAAGCACUAUCAUUACACCCUACAUGCAUAUAACUUCUGAUGAUUAUAGUGUGUCCCCCAAAUGGCACCCUAUUCCCCCUUUUGGACCCUGGUCAAAAGUAGUGACCUACAUAGGGAUUAUGGUUGCAUUUGGGACGCAACCAUUGUGUGGUAUUUUCCUAUACCGUUAGUACCAAUUUUGCUGUCUGGUUUAAGAGCUCUUAUUUUGUGAAACAAAAUAUUUUUUUCUGUUACAGUUAUGGGCCCUUUUACAAACCAAACAUAUUUAAUGUGAAAACCGUCCCUCUGUCUAUUGUAGAUAUAAGUUGUGUAGUAGCUUUGUGCAUGAGGUCUUUGUACUUUUAUCUGUCUUUGUUUGUCAAAAUAAAGCUUAUUUAAAGUAGUUGA